UAACUUCGAUAAGCUAAGACAAUUUUAUUUAGAUAUCUCAACUCAAUGCAACUUCGGGAAAGUGCAAUAUAGAUAGUCAAAAAUGUGUUCAUAUCUUUUGUGAUGAUCUCUAAUUUAUUAAUAUUUAUGUUAAUUAACAUAUGAUCAAAUUUAAUAUAUUAUAUGAUACAAAAUAGAUCUUGUAAACAAUUGUGAAGAUAAAUAUGUCAACUUAACCUCUUAAAUUUUUAACGUAAUUAAUCAACGGAGUACAAAACAGACGAAAUCAAAUACUUUUUUAAGAAAUAUUUAUACAUUAUUUCUUGAUGGAUCGCCUCAGGAAAAUAUUUGCCAAAAAGCAGUCUGCUUAUAUUAAUGAUGACUUAGAAACAUUUAAAGAAAAAGGAGAACGAUGGAAAAGUAUAUAUAUAAUUUAUUUUACUAUGUUUCUUAUGUCUCUUGGAUUCAGCAUAGUUUUAACUGGAGUUUGGCCAUAUUUAGAUAAGUUAGAUCGCACAGCAGGGAAAGAAUAUAUGGGUUAUGUAGUAGCAGCUAAUCCUUUAGGUCAAAUGCUAUUUUCUCCAUUAGUUGGUUGGUGGGGCAACAAAAGAGGGUCUGUAAGACUGCCCCUUUUAAUUACAUUACUCCUUUUUAUCUGUGCAUCAGCAAUGUAUAGCAUCCUAGAAAUUCUACCAGGUGAUAGAAAGGCUCUUAUGGCUAGUGCCAGAUUCCUCGUUGGAGUUAGUUCUGCAAAUGUUGCAGUGGCUAGAUCAUAUUUGUCUGCAGCUACAAAACUUUCAGAAAGGACUCAGGCAGUUUCUAUGAUUACUCUUGCACAGGUCUUAGGAUUUGUAGUAGGACCUGGUUUACAAGCUGCUGUUACUCCACUUGGUGAUAAAACUAUAUAUUUUUUAAGUCUACCAUUUAAUAUGUAUACAAUGACUGGUUGGAUAAAUGUUGUAAUGGGAAUUAUUAAUUUCAUUUUAUUUUUACCAUGGAGUUUUAAAGAGCAUACAAUUGCUAUAAGAGAAGCUAUGCGUAAUGGUGGGAAAGCUACUGAAGAAGAAGCAUGGAAGGCAAUAAAAUCUGAUUAUUUAGCAGCUUGGACAUUAAUCUGUGCUUUUUUUGUUUUGGUUUUUAAUUUCGUUCUUCUAGAAACAUUGGGUACUCCUCUUACAAUGGAUCAAUUUGGUUGGUCAAAAACUGAAUCUUUAUAUUAUUUGGGACUAUUAAUGAGUAUUGGUGGUGUGAUAGCAUGUAUUACGUUUGUAAUGAUUGGACCUAUUUGUAAAAGAUUUGCUGAAAGAAAAGUAAUGGUAUGGGGUGGCUUCCUAUUUAUGUUUAUUGGACGACUAUUUUGUAUACCAUGGGGGCCUGAUCCUCCAAAGAUUGCUGAUCUUGGAUCUUUCAACAAUAUAACUGCAAAUGAGAAUGGUUCAGAAAUAUUAGGAUGUCAAAGUACUCAAGAAUGGUGCAAAUAUACUCCACAAUUAACUGUAAUACAAUUUAUUAUUGGAUAUAGUUUCACUAGUGUAGGAUAUCCCAUAGGAGUUACCUUAAUACAAACUAUAUUUAGUAAAGUUCUUGGGCCGCGACCACAAGGUGUCUGGAUGGGAUUAAUGACAGGUGCUGGAUGUGCUUCCAGAGUUUUGGGACCAGUUUUUGUUAGCAUGAUUUACACGCGCUUUGGAACAUAUCAUACUUUUGGUAUUACAGGAGUAAUGUUAUUAGCUUCCAUGGUAUGGUUACAAAUAGUGAAUAGACGUUUAGUACCACCGACAAUAAUUAAGAGAAAUAAUAUAGGAGAAGAACAAAAACAAGAUACUGCAAUACCUUUAGUUCACACUAAAUCUCAUAUUGAGGAAAUAAAUGAAACUCACAAAUCUGAUACUAAAAUAAAUUAUGAUAAAAAGUAAA